AUAGUAGAUUACAGCCCUUGGCCUUUAACUGGAUCAAUUGGAGCAUUAACAUUAACCUUCGGAAUAGUUAUUUGAUUUCAUAAAAAAGAAAGAAUAUUAAUAAUAUUAGGAAUAGUUAUUAUUAUUUUAACUAUAUUUCAAUGAUGACGAGAUAUUAUUCGAGAAAGAACAUAUCAAGGACAUCAUACAUUAAAAGUCGCCAAAGGAAUUAAAAUAGGAAUAAUCUUAUUCAUUAUCUCAGAAAUUUUAUUCUUUAUAUCAUUUUUCUGAGCUUUUCUGCAUAGAAGAAUUGCUCCUUCCAUUGAAAUCGGGAAUAACUGACCCCCUUUAGGGAUUAAAACAUUUAACCCCAUAGAAAUCCCAUUAUUAAAUACAAUAAUCCUAUUAAGUUCAGGGGUAAGAGUCACAUGAGCCCACCACAGAAUUAUAGAAAGUAAACAUAAACAAACCACAAAAAGUCUAACUAUCACUGUAGUAUUAGGAAUUUAUUUCUCGUUAUUACAAGGAUAUGAAUAUAAUCAAGCUGAAUUCACUAUUGCAGACUCUGUAUAUGGAUCUUGUUUCUUUAUGAUUACAGGAUUCCAUGGAUUUCAUGUUAUAGUUGGAACUAUUUUCUUAAUUGUAUGCUUACUACGAAAUAUAAAAAAUCACUUCUCCAAAUCACAUCAUUUAGGAUUCGAAGCAGCCUCAUGAUACUGACACUUCGUAGAUGUAGUAUGACUAUUCGUUUAUAUUAUCAUUUAUUGAUGAGGAAGAUAG